AUGAAUAUUUUGUACAAAAAAAACAAUAAGUACUCAGAAAUUGAUUGUGACUCUAUUACUGAUUAUUCUAAAAUGAUUCUUGUUGAUGACUGUUUUGAUUCUACACUUAUUAUAGAUAAGAAUUGGAACUCUGUUCAACCAACAAAAGAGUGUACAAUAACUUUAUCAAAAAGUAUCAAUUCACUAAAAUUAAAACAACAAAAAGAUGUUAGUGUAACUGUUAAAGAAGAUGAUACAAAACAAGAAAAAGAUGUUAUUAAGGCUAGUGGACAAGGAGAUGAUUCAAAACAACAAAGUAUGACAGUAGAAAUGGAUAAUUCUGUUACUAUUUCAUUUAUUAAAGUCACUCAAGUUUCUGGUAAAUGUAAUUCUAAUUCAGCAUGUGUUUAUACAAAACAAUCAGAUGAAAAUAUCAAGAUUGAUGGAGUAUCAUCAUAUAAAUGUGGUACAUACUAUCGUAUUGGAACUGUGAACACAUGUGCUUGUUCAUUAAAAGAUAAUACAAAAUCAAUAACAAAGUCAAAUUUUAAUGAACUUGAUUGUCAAGAAUUUGAUGACCUCAAAGAAUAUACACUAACUUUAACAACAGGACAAAAAUAUACACUUGGAGAAUCUCUGUCAUUUAAGUCAUUAACAGAUUCUUGUAAUAAUAUUGAAAUAACGGGUCAAACAAAAGAAAGUCCUGAAUUAACAUUACAAACAAUGAAAAUAGGAGAUUUAAAUCCAACUAAUAUGAAACUGAUAGUAACAGGUACAGUUACUUAUGAAGAAGGUAAAAAUGUACUGAAAUUAACUUCAUCUUUUAUCAGAAAUAAUCUCAAAACAUCUUCUGAUAAUAAAAAAGUGUUUACUGCAACUUCUUCUACUGUUUCAUUUCCUUCAGUUUCAGUUUCAUCUUCUCGUUAUAUUAUAUUAAAAAAUAGCAAAAUCAAUGUUCAGAGUAUUACUGGAAGUUGUGAUAAUACAGAACUAAAUUAUUGUGAUUUCAUUGCAAGUGAUUCUCUUAACUCAAUUACGAUUAGUGAACAAACUACUUCACUUACUAAAUCAGUAAUUUCUACUGAUAAAGGACAAGUUGUUAGAGUGAUGAAAUCAGGAGAAAUGAAUACUACAAUUGUAUGUUCAAUUGAUAAAAAAGAAAGUAAUUCAUUUGAUGAACAGUUCACUGCUGUAGAAUGUCCAUGUUCACUUGGUAACGGCAAUAGUAAUACUAAUUGUGUUUAUAAUAUUCCAUCAACAACUAACUCAGUUACGUUAAAAGGAAGAAAUGAAUUAAAAGAAAAGUUAAUAAUUGAGUCAAAUUCAAAUACUAUUGAUAUUAAAGAUGUCACUAAAAUAACAAAUAUUCAAGAUAAUUCAAAUACAAACACAAUUUCAUUGAAUGGAGCUAGUGGAGUAACAUCUAUUUAUAUUGGAGGAACUGUGAAUAAAGUUAUAUCUAAAUUACCAUUGAUAACAACUGGUUCAUUUAGUGCAUAUUCAGUAGAUAAGAGUAUUAGUACUAGUUUUGAAUUGAAACUAAAAGAGUUUGAGUAUGGAGAUAAAGAUAGAAUAAUUACUAUUACAAAAGAAAACACAAAAGAAAAAUCAGUUGAAAUUACUAUUGAAACUAUGAAAGUGAAAUCAACUUUACUUUCAAUAAUUAAUAAUGGAAAUCAAUAUUCUCUUAAAUUAACUAAUUUUAACAUUGAUUCAUCAUUUCAUCCAGAUGUUUCAGCACUAUUACUUGAUGGAUUAACUAAUCAUAUUACAUUUACUGAUAAUAAUAAUAUUGUUUCAUGUGAUGGAAAUAUGUUAUUUACUUCAAAAUUAAGUGACGAAGAAAGUAAAACAAUAUGUUUAUUAUAUCAUGAAUAUUAUUCUAUAUGUACAGAUAAAGAAGAUGAAUGUAAUUCUAAAAAGUUACCAACAAAGAUUAUCAUUACUAAUUCAAAUAACAAUUCAAAUAAAUUGAAACUUGGUUAUGAACAUGAAUUAAUAGAAUGCAAAACAUCUGAUUGUUAUAUUGAAUUACAAACAGAAUCAAGUGUAACAUCUGAAACAAUCAAUUAUGCUAUUAAAUCAACAUAUGAAGGAGGAUCCACUAUUCAUCUUACUGGACAAACAAAAAAUCUUAUUCUUAAUGUUGAUAAUGUUAAAAUUGAGAAUAUAGAUAAAGACAAUAAUAAAGACAAAACACUUACAGUAUAUGGUAAUUGUAAUGGAAUUGAUACGGAUACACCAGUUAUUUUAAAUUCAAUGAUUAUUUCAGGAGAUAUUAAAGCAAAAACACUUACUACAAGUGGGGAUCUACAUUGUAGUAGUGUUGAUUUUACAACAAAUACAAUUUCAUUUACAAGUGGAAAUGAAUUUAUAUUUAAGUCAUUUAAAGUAACAUUAACUGAUAAUAAAAACACAAUUCCUGAACAUUUCUUAAAUUAUAAUAAAGAAUGUAAAUUUGAAGGUAGUAAAGUUAUUCCUAUUAAUUCAUAUCUUACUCAAAAUACAGAUAAUCAACAACAACCAACAUAUAAAUGUUAUACAAAUAAAAAUAAAAAUAUUGAAUUAAAUAAACAAACAUCAUAUCUUAAUCCUGAGUCUCAUAAAUGUAUUGAUGGAAAUACAUUAAUUCAAAUCAAUUCACCAAGUGUUAUUGCAUCUGGAAUGAAGAAGUUUGAUAUUGGAAUAGAUACAUAUAUUUCAGGAUUAAGUGGUGUAAUUUCAAUGGAAUCAACAUCUGAUCAUUCAAUAUCUGUAUCUGGUGAUAGUUCAAGUGAAAUAACUAUUAAUGGAAAUGGAAAAACAGAAACAAUUACUGUUUAUUCACAAUCUAUUAUAUCAGGAUUUAAUAAUGUUAUAAUUGCAACUGAAUCACAUGUAACAAUUAAAUCAGCAACAAUUAUUAGUGCAAUAGUUAAUAAUGUUAAUGUAGAUAUUAAAGAAUGUAAUCCAAAAAUAACAACUUCAUUAAAUGAUGAAGUUAUAUUUAAUAUUGAUAAAUCUGAUAAAUUUAGUGUUGAUACUACAAAAAAUAUUGUUGUUAAAUCACAAUCUAAAAUAUCUAAUAUUCCAACAGAUUGUAUUAGUAAAUGUGAUGACACUGUCAUUUUUAGUAAAAAAGAAAAUGGAAAUGAUUAUGUUUGUCAACCAAUCACUUUCGAAACAACAUACUUUGAUAAUAGAAUAGAAUUAAAUCCAUGUACAACAAAUGAUAUUCCAUGUUCUGGAAUAAUUCAUAUUAAUGAUGAGAAAACAACAUCAAUUGAUCUCAAAACAGUUCAUGCACAAAAACUAACAAUAAUAAAUUCAUUUAGUACUUCUGUUUCAAUCACUCUUCCAUCUGAAUUGAAUAAUUUAAUAUUGAAUGGUCAAUUCACAAUUACUAACAUUCCAAAAGAUUUAACAAUAGAAAAUGGAAAUGUUAUUGGUAGAAUUGAUAAAUCAAGUGAUGUUUCUAUAUCAUCAAUUAAUAUUGUAAAAGGUACAUUCACUAUUGAUACUAAAGAAGAUAUAUUUCUUACAUCAAUCAAAUCUAAUACUGGUUCAAUUAUCUUUACAAAUACAGAUACUAACACAAUAAGAACAAUUACAAUCUAUGGAAGUAUUUCUAUUAAUGAAAUGACUAUCAAGAAAACUAAAUUUGAAUGUACAACUACUGUCACUUCUGUAUCCAUUAAUAAAAUGAAUGUAAAUGAUCCAGAAACAUAUCAAACAGUAGAUAAUAGUAUAUUCAAUGUUCAUAGUUCAUUUACAAGAAUGAAGAUUUCAAAUAUACCAACAACAUGUGUUUACAUUUGUAAUUUCAGAAAUGUAAUUGGAACAAUGAAUAAUAUUGAAAUUGAAGGAGCAUCUCAAUCAACAAAUAUAUUUUAUAAAGGAUGUAGUGGUUCAUUAAUUCCAGAAAUUGAACAAUGUGAAAUUACUAAAUCAACAAACAUUGAUAUUUCAGAUUCACAAUCAUAUACACUUCCAUCUUUGUGUCCUAAUAAUAAUCUUCCUCUUGUAUUAACAACUAAUUCUGAUAAUAAAAUUAAUGUCGAAGGAUUUGAUGGAAUAUACAAAGAAGUAACACUAACAAAUGAUUGUUCAAUUAGUUUCACAGGGAUUACACAAAUAAAUCAAAUGAUCAUAAAGAAAAGUAUAGAAAUUAAUAGUGAUUUUCAAAUAGAUGAAAUAAUUACAAGUGAUAUAACAAAUAAUAUUAUAAUAGGAUCUAAAGAUGUUUAUGUAGGAAGUAUUAAUAGUGACAAAAGUAAAACAAAUAUUAACAUUGAGAUUAAAGAAGAUAGUAAGAUUAUGAUAGAUAAUGAUAUUAUUAUUUCAUCUCUUAUUCUUGAUGGUAAAAAUUCAAGAAUUAUAACAGAAGGGAAAUUAACGACAAAUUCUAUUCAAUUUAAAUCUAUUAGUUCAUCUACUCUUCCAUUUAUUAUUUCUAAUACAAUCAAAUUCACUUCAAUAAAUAUACCAACAAUCACUAGUGAUAUUACAAGUGCUCCAUUAAUCCAAUUAAGUAAUUCAUCAAAUGAUAAUGGAAAUCUACCAGAUAAUGUAUAUUUUGCAUGUCAUGAUACAAUAUAUGUAUAUAUUUCUGAUUCAAAUUCUUAUAUAUGUCCACUUCCAUAUACAUGUAUUGAUUCUAAUAAUUGUCAACAUCAAACAGGUACAAAAUGGAAACAACAAUACAUAUAUCCAAUAAGUAAAGGUAAUGAAAUAAUAUUUGAAGAUAAUAGUCAAACAACAAAUGGAUAUGAUAUUAUUGAAAUUUCACAAGGAAAUAAAAGUAUUAAUAUCAAAGGAGGAAGUUAUUACAUUGUUAGUGAAUCAAAACAUAAUACUGUUACAUGUUCUAAUGAAUGUACAAUUUAUAUUGAAACAACAACAAUUGAGAAUAAUGUUAAUUUAGUAUUAACAAAAUCAAAUAUUCAUAUUAAAGAUUCACAAAAAGAAACAUAUAUUAAUAUACUUGAUAACAGUAAUGGAAAAUUAGAAGUAGAUUUAGAUGGAAUUUAUAAUACACAAUUCCAUUUGAAUGGGAAAUCAGGAAAUAUUAAGUUAGUAGGAAUUAAUGUAUUUAAUGAACUUAUUCUAGAAGGAUCAAUAAUUAAAUCAGAUACUUCAUUUGACAUUGACAAAGUUACAUAUAAGUCAGGAACAUUUGUGUUAUCAUCAUCAAAUAAUAUAGCAAGUAUUUCACAAUUCAAUUAUGAAUCAAAUAAUGAACCAAAUGAAAGAUGUACUCCACUUAUUUCACAUCAACAAGAACAUAUUAAGAAUGGAGAAAUAUCGUUUAAGAUUAGAAGUAUCACUAAUUCCAAUGAAAAAGUGAAAAUGAUAGAAUGUGGAGGAAUUGUUCUUCAAGAAUGUAAAACAGAUACCAUAACAUAUAAUUGUCCACCUAUUAGAUGUUCAUAUAAACAAGAAAAUAAACUUCCAACAGGAUGUUAUUGUACAUAUUCACUUAUAAGUAAACAAGAAUGUAUAUUUGAUUGUGAGAAUGAAAAUGAAUGUGUAUUUAAUGAUCCAGUAAGUAAUUCAUUAAUAGAAAGAAUAAUUAACUAUGGAGAACACAUUUUAAUGAAAUCAGUUUCAAGUAUUUAUACAAUGAAGAUCAAUGAAACUAUAAUUGAAUCGAAAUUCCCAAUAAACAUCUAUCAAAUAAUAGAUGGAGAAGAUAAAAGAAUGAAAAUUAAAGGAGUGACAUUAAAUGUUGAUUCAAUCACAAUGAGUAAAGGAACACUUACACUAGAAACAGAUAAAAUCUUUACAAGAAGAAUUGAAAUUACAGGAGGAGAAAUAGAAAUUAAUAAUAUGAUUACAUUCAGUGAAAAUAAUAAAGCAUUAAUUGAAAUAGAAGGGAACAAAGAAGUGAAAGAAAGAGGAGUUUUCAUAGAAGGAGGAAUAAUAAAAAUAGGAGAAAAAGGGAAGAUAAUAAUGAAAGGAGGAACAAAAGAAGAUGGAUAUGUUAAUAAAAUCACAAUAAAAAAUACAAUGAUAGAAAUAGAAGGAAAUAGGAUAGAUGAUGAUAUUAUUGUAAUAGAAAAUGGAGGAGAUGUGAAGAUUGAAAAUAUUAGUGUGAAAAUUGUUGGAGAGAAUAAAGGAGAUAAAUGUUUUAAUUUAAUACGAAACAAUGAUAUUGAACGAAUUACAUUAAUAGGAUCAAGUGGAGUUAUUUUAGAUUCACAGCAAUACAUUUUAUCAGCAUGUCCAAAAGGAAUUGAACCAAAUGUUCAAGAAUUAGCAUGUUCAAAUUUAGAAAAUAAAGAAAAUAUAACAACCGAAGUAGAGUGGGAAAGAAAAACAUGUCCAUGUUCAGGAGAUAAGUGUAUAAUUGAUUUUUCAUCAACAACAAGUGUAAUGUACAAAUUAAUAUCAAAUGAAAAGUAUGAAGGAUUGAAAAUAUCAGAAGAUCAAAUCAGAGGAGAAGAUGUGAAUAUUAGUCGAGUGGAUGUUUUAGGAACAUCAACACUUAUUAUGAGUAAUUGCAGUAUAAAAGAAAUGAACAUUAAAGGAGAUAAAAACAAAGAAGUUGUAAUGACACUUAAAAGUAAUAAUAAAGAGAAAAGUUAUAUAGAAGAAAUAUUGGGUAAUGGAACAUAUUCAAAUGUUGUUAUUGAUACAGGGGAAUUAACAAUUGAAAGAAUUCAAGGAGUUAAUUUAGAAGUUACUUCAAAUGGAUAUUUGAAAAUCAACAAAGAAAGUAGUUUUAAAGAACAAAAGAUUGAUAUAGAACACACGUAUAUUGAUAUUAUGAGUAAUGAUGUUGAUUUUACAGAUACAAUAAUUACAAUCAAGCCAAUAAACAACAAUAGUGCUAAUUUAAAUAUUGGAGAUGAUGUUGGAGGAAAAACAAUGACAACAUUAAAGAAGAGUAUUAUCAAUGUUUAUUAUGAGGAAACAGGAAGUAAAACAUUGUUAGUCAUCAUGAGAUUACCAAAAGAAAAUGAAAUAAAAGUAGAAGAAUAUCAAAUAAACAAAAUUUCAAGUAACAAAAUAAGUAGAAAAGAAAAAGGAAAUUCAUAUCAAUUCAAAGCAGCAUGUCAUGGAAUAGUAUUAACCAAUCUUGAAGAUAAAGACAUUGCAUGUCCAGAAGAUAGACUUGCAGGAUAUGUUAAAAAUACGGAAUUCCCUAAAUGGACAAUUGGAGUUAUAGUCAUUUUUGUCAUAGCUUUGAUUGUGAUUGUUGUUGUUAUCAUUGUUUAUGCAGUGUAUGUCUACUUACAAAGACAAAGAAACUUGAAAGUCUUUUCAGAAAGAGUUAAAAAAAGUAAAGAAGAAAAAAAAGAAUAUUAA